AUGUUAAGAUUUGGAGCCCCACUUUAUGCCACUCCGGUUCUGGACAAGGAGACAACAGACUUCCAUUUUCUCACUGAACGUGAAUUGGAUAUUUUGGCUAACAAACCAAAUUUAUACUUGAUGGAAGUAGAAUCUGAGCUUGAAGAAAUGAAAUUGAUCACUGAGAAAGUUCGGAACAUAAUAACUGCAUGGUCCUCCCGUAGACAAACCAAUGAAUCGGAGACCAUUCUCAUUAUUGGUCACAACGAAAGUGCCAUAGAAAAGCUGAAAAACACAAUGCCUGAAUGGAUCGUGAAAUCUGCAAUGGAUACCUACGCUACAUGGACAAACAAAUCUCGGGAAGAGAUGAUGCAAAGGCUUCAGGUCGUGCUUCAAAAAAGUCUCACAUUUUGUACGAUAACUCAACAAAACCUCGCGAGUGAACAAAUUGGAAACAAUGGGGGAAAUUCUCUCAAGAAAUCCACACUUAAAACUGAACAAAACACCGAUGAAUCCAAAAUUCGACGUAUCACAUUUAUAUCUAAAGAGGACUGGAAAGAAAAAAACAUGAAUUGUGGCGACCCCAAGGAACAAUCUGAUGAAGAAUCUUCGUCUGUACAAGUCCUAGACAUGAAGGAACUGCUGAAAAGAAUCGUGGACAUGUUGCAUGCAAACUUCAUUAGCGCAACCUCCCCUCUUGAAAAAGUGAAUGUCAAUGCAGAAUAUGAGAAAACCACAUGUUUUGGAGUAAGCAACUUCUUCAGAAGGAAGUCUGCGACGGAAUCAAACUGGAUUCAUCAAGCCCAAGAAUACAUUAUGGAAAAGUAUCCUGCUUGGGAAACUGCAGAAACAACUUACCUGGUUCCAAAAGUUGAGGACAAAGACGAAUGGAUGAAGACAGCCAAGACUCCUGGCGUGAAAGCCGAGAGAGCACUCCUUCUUCGCCUUAACCAGCUGGGCCAAAGAAAGAAGAUGCCAAUGUUCAUCACAUAUAACCGUGAGUUCGUCCACCUCUUCGAGACGGGACGCACGGGUGAUGGGAUUGAGAGUCACAUCUUGACGGGAGAACAUGACAUCAUAUUGAUACAUCGCACUUUUGGACUCAUAUGCAUAGAAGUUCAAAAUCUGGAUUCUAAACGACCAGGAAAGAAGUUCAGGGAUGCAUUGAAAAGGAAUAUCAGGGCCGCUAAGGCAAAGCUCCAGGACGGCGAUCGUAACCUGAGCAUCAUUGCAAGAAAAUGCGGUUUCGGGGACAUGAGAGCGUCUAUUACCGUAAUCGCACUUACUAAUGUUGGAAGAGCUCAGGUUGAAGGGGGACAUGUCAGUGAUAUAGUUCUUCUCUGCAAAGAAGAGUGGCAGUCAGUGGAGGCCAUCGAAAGAUGGUGGCAGAAGAACAUCCUUCUGACACAUAUACAACAUUCUGCGAUUGAUUCGAGGGAGUACCUUCAGCUUCUGGCAAUAUAUAUUGCACCGGUGUAUGUGAACACAGCCUACAAAGCAAACAUGAUAACCCGGAAGCUAAAAGGUAUCAUAGAAGACAAACUGGAGAUACUGGUGAAUACGCAAAAAUAUGCCGUCUUCAAGGGAGCAGCUGGAACUGGCAAAACAUGGCUACUCCAAGAAAAAAUGCGGAAAACUGUCAGAUCUUGGUUCUCCCAUGGAUGUGUCUCGGAGAAGAAUGAGAAUAUAAUUUUCCUCUGUGUCACUCCCCUCUUGGCUUUGCACAUGCGUGAUAUCCUUCCCGAUGUCCUUUUAAAAUCCGCCUUGGAUAAGCUCUGCAAGUGGAACGAUGACCUAGAGGAAGAAAGUAAGAAGCAAAGGCUCUGUGGCCUCGCUCAAACCAGAAGCAAUGGGAAGAUGGCUGCUGAAAGUGGAAAUCAUCAGAAGACUCUUCCAUUCUUUCACACCGACAUCUGA